ACAGACCCAAAUACACUUUGAGAGCUUUCACGUGCAUCGGUCUGUUGGUCUGAGAAAAUACAAUGACAUCGCCUUUAAUCCAUGAGAUCCCUGUGAUUGUUUUCCUGCUGAUCAUAAAGAGCACAGCCUUUAUCAUUAGAGAAAUCAUAGUGACCGAACCCGUGACCUUCCCAUGUACCUGCUCUGGAAUCUGCCCAGUGGUUUCCUGGACGCGCUUUAUUCCCAGUAAAACUGUCCUUGCUAAAAUCUACACGUGUCCGAGUGAGCAGCAUUGUGAGAAAAGAUUUGCAGUAGCAGGAGAUACCAGCAGAGAGGACUUCUCCCUGACGAUCAGUUCAGUGGUCUACAAUGACGCUGGCUCCUACAGGUGCACCUGUAAUGGAACAUCAGUUACUGAGAUCAAAUUGAACGUUUUUGUUCCCACAGCUGUAAAGGCUUUCGAAGGGGAGAGCGUCACCCUGCCGUGCUACGGAGACACUCGGCAUGAGGUUAAAGAUGUAAACUGGAAGAAAGCUGGACAAAAGGUUCUGCUGUACACUCCUGCAAACAGAUCAGUAACUACAUCAGAAGCCAGAUUUAUGUUAUCAGCAGAAGACUUUCCACAUGGUGAUCUGUCUCUUCACAUCAGUUCAGUCCAGCUGUCUGAUGCAGGACUUUAUCAGUGUCUCAUCCAUGAUGAAUCUCGGGAAGGAGAACCGAGAGCGGUUUCACUGAAGGUAGAAGGGCUACAACGUUCAACCGCCACCAGCAGCAAUGAAGUGUCAGUACUACGUGUGCUACUAGGAUCGAGCAUUUUGGUAGGAAUCAUCGGACUGCUCGUUUAGAUUGGAAGAAGAUGCUGUAAAUCCAGACAACAUGACCG